ACCAAGUGUGUCAAUUUGCAAUCAGCAGCAGACACGUUUACUUGACUCCAGUUGCACAGAUUUGUAAUUAUGUGUAGACUAAUAACUUGGCCGCGGGUCACUCGUAAAAAUAAAGGGAGAAAGCCAUAACAAUGUGUCAAGGUAUUGGAAAGCACGAGGGGGCCGGGCAAUAAUCCGUGAGGCGCGCGCCAACCAACCGCCAACCCGUGCGCUGGCUGCAGAGAGAUAACGUGCAAAUGAAGCAAGGCAAGAUACGAACAUAGCGAACAAUCGUUGACCGCGUACAGACACCGAUGGUUUGAGGAAUUUGGCGUAUGCGUUACAUAUUUUGGCAUGUCACUGACUCGUUAUUAUUGGAAGAAUACAUAUCUUUAGGACUUCACCUUCAAGGCACAAUUACACGAGCGUGUGAAGCGGGUGACUAGCCAUGGUCUUCUGUCUAAUUACCCGAAGAUUUCCUCGAAGGUCUCUUUGAUAAUUCCGUGCGCCAUCACUGAGCAAAAUCCGCGUGAGAAGCAGACAGUUGCUCAGAGUUUGGGACCAGGGAGAUUCCGAAGGAGAGAGGGGACAUUCAUGUUAUUUCUAAGAUCGUUGGAGAACAGCUGUGUGAUGCUGUGGCUGCUGGUCCUUGUCCUGCCCGGGGUAGCAUGCAGUGCCCUGACCCAGAACCUUCUACAGCCAGACAAUGACCACAGAGACGGUGCUGUUGCCGUGACGACCCGGCCCCACAUCUACUACUGCCGCUCGCCCAACAUGGAGGUCUUCACCUGCUGGUGGCAUCCCCUUGACAACAACUCCGAGAGUGACGACAACAUCACCUACAGCCUCACCUACUCCUUAGAAAAGGGGCCGAGGCGUGAGUGUCCAGACUAUGUAACGGGCGGCCCCAACAGUUGUCACUUUGACAGCGGCCACACGUCCAUCUGGACCAUAUACUGCAUGAACGUGAUGGCCAGGACCUCCCACGGAGUGUUCAGCUCCAAGGACCACUGUCUGGACGUGGCUGAUAUAGUGGAGACAGAGGCUCCGGUUAACUUGACCUACUCCCUGUUGAAUGAGACGGAGGAGGAAGCGGGCCGCACCGCCAUGGUGUCCUGGGUUUACCCCAAUCCCUCCCACAUCCAGUACGGUUGGAUCACCCUGGUCUUCGAGCUGCAGUACCGAAGCAUCGCCGAGCCCAACAACUGGAAGGUGAAGGGCUUGCUGAGAGAGCCUUGGCUGGAGCUGCUGGAUCUGCCGGUAGGAGAAUACAUUGUCAGGGUGAGAUGCCGUUCCCGCAACAAUGGUCUCUGGAGCAAGUGGAGCACCCCUGUCCUACUCUGUGUCCCAGCCAAAUCUACCCCCGAUAAGCUGCUGGCUCUGCUUUUGGUGACCGGUGUUGGGGUCAUGUUGUUACUAGUCAUCGGCUUUGGAAUUAUCCUACAGGGCAAGAGGAUAAAAUCAUUCCUUCUGCCUCCAAUUCCCAAACCACGCAUCAGAGGCAUCAAUCCCCUGCUUCUGAAGAAAGGGGGCUUUGAUGAGAUCAACCGUCAUUUCAUCUCCUUCCAUGGCUAUAAGCCCCCAAGCUACAGCGAGGAGGAGGUCUGGGACCCUGUCAGCAUGGACAGCAACCAAUCUCUCCAGGCUCCCCCGGGGGUCCUAGCAGUCCGGAAGGAGGAUUAUGAUAUGGCCAUCCACAGCCAACUACUGGUCCAGACCACCUCCAGCCAUGCCCCUUAUACACCAGUCCCUGCCUCUUACACCCCAGUCCCCGCCCCUUACUGCCAGGCUCCAGUGGAAGCCUUCCAGACUGCGUGGGAAUGGCCAACAGCAAACCCCGACCAGCCGGAGCUUCUGGCCUUCCCGGGCACUGACUACAGCAUGAUGGUGGAUCCCACCCCCGUCCCGCCUCCGGACCAGCAGGCCCCGCCCCCAUCAUCCACCCAGGACUUCUACACGUGCGUGAACGUGCUGGGUGACAACGGACAAGUGCAUCUGGUGCCCUGCCUGCCCAACCACCUGAAACACAGCCCCUACGUACAGCUGGAGGAGGAGCUAGAGGAAGGAGGGCUGGAGAAGAGCAGCCAGUUAGAUGACUACCUGGCUAAGAAGAUGAAGGCAGUAGCCAACGGGAGUGCUCCGGGAGAGAUAGUGGUGGAGACAGAGAGUGUGGAGCAGAGUGAAAUGGCUGUGCCUUUACUGCCUGGAAACACUGGCACACAGGGCAACAGGGUGUGACCAGUUAGCACACACACACACACACACACACACACACACACACACACACACGCACACACACACGCACACACACACACACACACACACACACACACACACACACACACACACACACACACACACAGCAACAGGAAUUACUCCAGGCUAAAAUGAGGAUGUUAACUCAUGGAUGGACCUUUGAAUAUACCUACUUGAUAUACUAACAUAAUGAUGUGUUUUUGUGAGUGCACCGGCCUGGGACAUGAGUCCUCUGUGUCUAUCCCCCCCUCCACCUCCCCUGCCUGCCAAAUGACCGUGACACUGCUGGACAGACACUGCUGCCACCUCUGUUCACUGCUGAUAUGGCAGGGACAACGUUCUGACUACAUUCUCUCUGCGGGGAAUCAGAGAUGCAGCAUUUGACUGAGGUUUUCUUUCAGAGUAGAGCCGAGGUCGGGAUACAAGAUGGAUUCCUUUUGACGCAGAAAAUCUGACAAGAUUAAAAAAACAUAAACUUGCAAAGUGUCUUGAACAAUAACAAUAGAUUCUCCGUAGAACUACAACUCUUGUUUUGUGGACUGAGUCACUGAAAGGUUACUAUACUCACCUGUUCUUCAGUCCAAUCUUGUUAGAAAAUAAUGCCUGCGAACUCUCUUGUUGUUGGAUGUAGAAUUAAUGACCAACCACUCUGUGAAAGACGCUUCGAUUUGUUAACAGUCAGGUUUUAGUGCUCUGUGAACUCAUUUAAUUGGAUUGAGGUGAAAAGUUUGACGAAUGCAAGAAUACCAGUUGUACCUCACUGAGACCAGUCAUAGCCGUUGUGAGGCCCUGGCAGACGUUAGCAUGCAUUUAGAGAACAGUGGAGCACACCAAAGAUCUGAACACCCAGACCAAGAGAGCAGUACACUUCUUCAAAUAUAAAUGCAUUUUUAGAGAGAAAUUAUUGUAAUUAUUAGAAUGAAUGAAUUACAGAGGAAAUACUUUAAUAUAUCAAGUGCACUAUUGACCAGAAAUAUAACGAGGCAAUGUUAUAAUAACAAUAAUGAUAACAGUAAAGUACACUUAUAAAGUGAACUGUCUGGGUUCAAUCCAUGAACUAAAUCACAGAUUUAAAUGUAUGCUUCAUACUCAGGAACUCAACCAAGCAUACAGUAGGAAGUCAACCCAGUAAAGGUGCAAUCUACUCUCAGUCCCGUGUGAUGGAACAAAAAUGCAGAAACUCGGGAUACACUAAAACAAAAAAAUAUAUAUUUUUUCUUGAAUUUUGGGUCAGAAAUGAAACUACAGAUUGCACUGUAUUCAAAACAAGUGAUGAUCAUUUUUCGUAACAUCUAUAAUUGUCAGUCUGUAGAACAGCCCUCACUAUGCACUGCUACAUGUGCUCUGACAAUUAACUACAUGCUGGAUUUGAAAGCACUUACUUUACCAGAACAUAACACAUGCAGCUCUCUCAGGGGUGAAACGAGAGUAGGCUAAAGAAAAGAGCACUGUGAUCAUUUUAUUGAUUUUUACAAAGAGAAUGAGGCGACCAGACGAGUAGGGAGAAAACACAUCUUCUAAAGGUGACCGAUAUUACAACAAGGACAGACAAUGGUUAAAGCGUCUAAUGACGUGUAUAGGAACAAGACAUUUUCAGCACACCCACAUACUUGAGUAGAUGUGUUUGUGAUUUCUUCAUAAAAUCUUCUUUGACAAGCUUUCCUGGUGAAUAGGAGGGCAUGUAUGCUAUUUAGAAAAUGGAGGCUUUUUUAAUGACAAAAGUAAGACGCUCCCAGUUGCUAGGAAGAUGACCUUGAGGUGUGUGGAUGGCAGUCUAAUAUCGACAGAGGAUUUUUACACUAAAUAUAUGCAUUGUUUUUUGAAAGAAACUUGGAGAAACACAUCAUAUGCAUCACCUGUGAAAUAAACCAGUCUCAUGGCAUUUGAAAUGUCGGGGUACAGUUUAAUUACAUCAGAAGCAGUUCAUUAGCCAUUUAACAAAAAAGUUUCUUGGUAAACAGCCAUCACACUGGAUAACGAUAACACACACAGUACGAUAUGAUGCAACGAGUAGCUUAAAUACUUUGUACUAAAACACUGUGUUCCUAUUACACUGGCCCUGUUACACUGGCCCUACGGAUGGACCUGGGUUAGUCUGUUACACUGGCCCUACGGAUGGACCUGGGUUAGUCUGUUACACUGGCCCUGUGGAUGGACCUUGGUUAGUCUGUUACACUGGCCCUGUGGAUGGACCUGGGUUAGUCUGUUACACUGGCCCUACGGAUGGACCUUGGUUAGUCUGUUACACUGGCCCUAUGGAUGGACCUUGGUUAGUCUGUUACACUGGCCCUGUGGAUGGACCGUGGUUAGUCUGUUACACUGGCCCUGUGGAUGGACCUUGGUUAGUCUGUUACACUGGCCCUGUGGAUGGACCUUUGUCAGUCUGUUUUACGUGUUGGUACAUGUUUAAGGUUUAAAUGACUGAUGUUUUUAAUGUCUCUCGGUUGUUCUCGCUCCCCCCCUCCUCUCUCUAUGACGUCAGGUGGUUUCUCCACCAUCAGUAGUCCUGUGCAGUGCUUUUCUCUGUGUUGUCAUACUCUUGUUCACUGUUGUACUCUGCUGUGCCGCUUCAACUUUGUGCCUUGACUUGACUGUGUGGAACUCUCCUGUCCUUAGAAGGGCUCACACUGGUAGACUGAAAUUAUAUAUUUUUCUAAUGAGAUAGACACACACACACACACGAUAACACAGACAACAGCGGUAUUUGUGAAGGCCAUAUAGGACACGUAGAAGCAGUCAGGUCAAAUUGUUUCUGUUCUGUACACUGGAUACAGUGGGGUGGGUGAGUUAUGUUGUUUGUUUUGGAAGCUAUGUCCCCUGCUGCAAGAUCUUUCCCAUGCAUUGAAUAAAGCCUACUGCUGACCUGUCUCCA